UUACGGAAAGCGAAACGGCGGCAAAUAAUUACCAGAAAACAUCAAUCAAAUGGGACAUAAUGUGGACCUAAACAAGAGGAUACGCUUCAGGAACAAACCAGACGCCGCCCACGCAUCUGGACUUCAUUCAUACUCAUACUCGUACUCAUGCCGGCCUUUCUUUCUCCAUCUUCAAUGGCUUUCCCCGACAAGCUCUCUUCUACUUGUUUCUCCUUUCAUACUUCGUAUAAGCCGUCGAUUGCCUUCCGUGGGGGACUCCACCUUAAACUGCUCAAAACUAAACAGACGCGGAAAAAGCUUGUUUGCCGAGUCGCUUCGUCCGCGGCCACUCGCGAUCUCGACGCUGAUGACUUCAGACACCCUCUCGACAAACAAAAUACGUUGAUUUUGAGAGCGAUUCCAGGAUUAAACGAAAUUGGAAAAGCUUUGUUAGGUUCUGUUGCUGAGCAGAUCAUGCUUCUGGAGAAUAUAGGGACUUCCGUUCUUGUUUCUGAAAAUCAGCUCCCUGAAAUUCAUAAGUUGCUGGUGGAAGCUGCCAAUAUGCUUAGUGUUGGAGCUCCAGACUUGUAUCUGCGGCAAAGUCCUGUGCCCAAUGCAUAUACUUUAGCUAUCAACGGAAAGAAACCAUUUAUUGUUGUUCAUACAAGCUUAGUGGAGCUUUUGUCAAGAAAGGAGUUGCAGGCUGUCUUAGCGCAUGAGUUGGGCCAUUUAAAAUGCGACCAUGGUGUAUGGCUUACGUUCGCCAAUAUUCUUACUCUUGGAGCAUAUUCUUUACCAGGGGUUGGUACCUUCGUAGCAGAGAGACUAGAAGAACAGCUCCUGCGCUGGCUCCGUGCAGCAGAACUGACUUGUGAUCGGGCAGCUCUUCUGGUCUCUCGCGACCCAAAGGUGGUGGUAUCUGUUCUGAUGAAAUUAGCGGGUGGGUGCCCCUCGGUGGCUGACGAGUUAAAUGUUGAUGCCUUCUUGGAGCAAGCUCGUUCCUAUGAAAAAGCUGCUUCUAGCCCAGUUGGGUGGUAUAUAAGGAACGCUCAAGCAAGACAACUUUCACAUCCUCUGCCGGUGCUACGGGCACGAGAGAUUGAUGAAUGGUCUAGGAGCGGAGAGUAUCAGUCUCUUUUAAAGAAAUGGGUCAACUCAGUGCAAAAUGUUGAGCAUCGGAUGAUGAUGAAUUGAUGAUCGACGAAGAUGAUCAUAUUUUUUGCUUGUAGAUAAAUAAAUGAUCCAUAUUCAUAAUAAGGUAAAUUUGAGGUGAUACGAUGAUAUUUUUAAAAUUAUUAAAAAAAAAAAAAAAAAUGGGAAAGGCAGGAAAUCUUUCUCAAAAUUCUUCUAUGAAUCAACUAGGGAAGGGUAGGGUAGGCAAGACUUUCAAGAAGGGAAAUGUCAUGUAUAUGUCAUCUGGCGCCUGGCCCCGCCUCCAGCCCACAACCAUCGGUUCAUUCCAAUCCCUAGUUGCAACAUUUUUAGCCUUCAUGGCAUUAGGAUGAUUUAUAAGUUAUCUUGUCUGUUUAAAUAUAAUUUAUUUUAUAGUAAUAGGAUAGAAUGAAUAGUAGGAAAAUUUAAGUAUCCCGAUAGACCUAAUAUCGGAAUGAUAUAUAUAUAUAUAUAAAAGUACAUUUUGAUUAAUA